CGGAGAAUUCCACAAAAGUAGGAAAUGAGCAACAGUCACUGGCAGACCUGCAGGGCUGCUGGAGCACAAACAGCCCAGCUGCAGUACCACGCUAAGGGAAGUUAAGAAGCUUCGAUAUCCUGUAGGAAAUCUACUGGGAGAAUGAGUCCAAAUGCUUGCUGGCUUUGCAUGACAUUCAGAGCAGAAGAAAAUGGGAUCAUUUCUAAAGUGUCUUUGGAUGAAGUGCUACAGUGGUCCCAGUCUUUUGAAAAACUGAUAAUGAGUAAAUAUGGACCUAUGAUCUACAAGACCUACUUGAAGACAGAGCACAGUGAUGAAAAUAUAGAAUUCUGGCUUGCUUGUGAAGCUUAUAAGAAGAUCACAUCCCAAAGAAAAAGGAUUUAUGUGGCCAGGAAACUUUUUACAAAUUACAUUCAAUCCCAGGCUCCAAAAGAGAUUAACAUUGACAGCCCAGUGAAGAAAUCAAUUGUCAGGAACCUACAGGAAGCAACAGAGUCCUGUUUUGAUGAAGCACAACGAGUAGUUUACAUGCAUAUGGAAAGAGAUUCCUACCCUCGAUUUCUUGAGUCCAAGCUCUAUCAACAGCUCAAACACAGGCUCCGAACUGAUAGCAAUAUUCCAUCAGUAUAUUAAAGAGAAGGGCUGAAAACCUCCUUCUCUAGCCAGCGUUUCUAAGACUUAAAGUAAACAAAAAAAAAAAAAAAAUCACAGUACAUUAUUGUUAAUAAUCAUCUGUUACAUUGUUCUUCUGAUCUCAGAAUUGAUGAAGAACUACUUUCCCUCUUUUCCCAUGGGUGGGUUCCAAUUUUGUCUUUUUUUCCCCUCCCUUCUCC